AUGCCACCCAAACACUGGGCGCGGCGGCGAACAGCAGCAGCAGCAGCAUCAGGCACCCCGCACCACGCAUCCUCGCAGGCUGAGGACUUCACACAGCAGCUGAUGGAGGCCAUGUCGGUGGCGAACGCAUGUGCGGGGCCUGUGCUGCAGCCAUCCGAAAGCUCCGAGGAGCACGAGGCUGACGCCACACUGGAGUGCCCAGCCGUGCCGGCUGUCGCUAAUGUGGACGACGAUGACGACAGCAAGGACACAGUUGCGAACGUGUUGCGGCUGCAGAUGAAACACGACAGCCGCUUCCCUGCCGAGCGAAAGCGGUGCCGCGGCGAGACGUCGCCGGAUCGCCGACAUGAAGUGACAGCAGUACGUCAGCCAACAACGUGCAGCGCGACGGUGAAGCGAGUCACUGUGAUGACACCUGCGGAGACCGCACAUCGUUCUUCGGUCGGCGACGCGACGCUGAAGGGCGCUGGCAAGAAUGACGCUGUGGCCACCGAUGCUCAGAAGCGGCAGGAGAGUCUAUCGCUGACAGAGGCGGAGGUGCUGCAGCAACAUGGCCACUUGUCGCAGCUCAACAACCUUUACCUCCCUUCCACCAGAAGCAGAAGCAGUGACAGAAGCACCGUGGAUGAUGAAGAGGAAGUAGCGACCGGCAAAGAGGCGUGUGGGGAAGAAGAACGGCUGCGGUGCCGUCGGGAGGAAUUGGCCCAGAUUCCAGCGGGAAGCCUUGCGUUGUACACGCGUCUGGCGGAAUGCGGCGUCAAUGCGAUGGAGCGGCCGUUCGCCACCUGCGUCGUUAAGCGUGCACAAGACGCCAUUGCUGCGUGGGCUGCAGGCUUCUCGUAG